GCUUAGUGUGGGCAGGCCAUGUUUUACUAAUUAUGUUAUGAUAACAUUUAAACUAUAAACAGCCGGUACGGCGAGAUGCAAACCACUUGAGAAUGCGAGAUUUGUCGUGCUUGGAUAAAUUGGUACGAAUUUCACAGCCUGAUAUGUGUAAGGACAUAAACGGGAACCUUCUUACGAACGAGCGUGAGGUGAUCCAAAGGUGGCGGCAGCACUACGAAGAACACCUGAAUGGCGAUGUGGCAGACGAAGAUGGCGGUAUGGUGAUGGACCUGGGAGAACGCGCGCAGGACAUAAUCUUCCCGGCUCCGGAUCUCCAGGAAAUCCAGGAGGAGAUUGGCCGGUUGAAGAACAACAAAUCCCCUGGGGUUGACCAACUACCAGGAGAGCUAUUUAAACACGGUGGUGAGGCACUGGCUAGAGCGCUGCACUGGGUCAUUACCAAGAUUUGGGAGGAGGAAGUUUUGCCGCAGGAGUGGAUGGAAGGUGAUAAUAGAAUAAGUCAGUAG